UUUCUAAGUUAGAUCAGAUUGGGGGAUUUCAACCUUCGGAGCUUUCUGAGCAGUUAUUUUGAAAGGCUGUACUUCGUACAUACAAAUACCUUUUCGACACUUUACGCCUUCGUCGAUUCGCACCGAACAAAUUCCCUGUAUCCAUCCACCCCCCCGCGGUCAAUUCGUUAAAUACAGUCAAGAUGGUUGCCAUGUACACUAUCUUCGGCCGCCAGGUCGGCUCCCAUCACCUCGCAAUGGGUGUUCUCGCUAGCUUGUUCACCGGUAGCUAUCUCGCACUCAGCGGCGGAAGCAAGAAGGUCUCUCAGACCCCUCCCAUCAACGCAUCCAGCCCUGACGAGGCCGACUUCAUCCAGAACUUCUUGAAGCAGGCCGACGCGGACGAGAAAUCAAAGCACUAGAUUGGAUCAGAUAAAAUCCAAUGGGACCGGGUCUUAGCCAAUUGUACAUAAUAGAUGCGAUUACAAUGAGAAGCAAGCAACCUGAGAAGGAGCUUUGAUAUCCCCCCGCGCGCUCUCCUGCUCUACAUGAAAUCUCUUUAUGUGAUAUCGUCCAGGCACUUAAAGAAGGUCUAUAGUAUAAACAGCAUGCGAAGAAGUUGUUCAUCGCUAAACUACGGGCUAUAAUAUCCUUUCCUCAUUCCCGGAUGAUCGGAACGUAAAGUACAUCUCCCAAAAAUUUAUGUUAGGUGAGUGGUUAACUUCGGUUACAUACCUUACAUCCGGCUCGAGUUGCGGUCCUGGUUUUGGGAAACCGAGACGCGCGUUAUUUGAAGAGAUUGGGGCGUCCUUUAAUUUAACCUUGGGUUCAUGUGUUUUCCUGCAUCACGGCAUGACGACAUGGAGGAAGACUGGGACAAUUCCAUCGAUGCAAUGGCCGAGUUGUUACAGGUACCUAGGUAGUCUUAAACCAAACCUAUUCGUUACACAUCACCUCAUAAAUGAAAUCAAGCAAAUGGAAGUCAA